UUUGUCGUGCACGCGACGGUGUCGCCUAAGCGCGUCCACGAAGAAGGUGAGGACGAGGUGAUUUAUUAUUUUUUUUCUUCAUUUUAUCCGCGACGUCCGCAGCCCGCCGGCGCGUGCUCGUCCGCGGCCGCUCGGAGCGCGCACACGUGGAGUCCGCCUGGCGUGGAUCUUUUGUCUGGCGGGCGAGGGGCCGUCAAGACGAUUCCGCGUCACGUCGCAAGACGUCCUCCAGGCGCGUGCGCGUACGUGGUUUCCGCUCGUCCAUGGAGGCCACCUGUAGGCUGGAGCGUCACGUGGCCGGCGUGCACAGAGGGAUGGUGUUCCUCGAGCACGAGCACCUCGCGCUGCUGGCCGGCCUGCACGUGGAGAUCACAAAGCUCAAGAGGAGAUGCCAGGAGCUGAGCUGCGAGCUCGACUCCCGCUUCCCCCGCAGGACGACGGCAGAGGAUGAAGCGGAGCUGGCCUCACGCUGCGAGGCCGCGCAGCGCCUUCUGGAGGAGCGGCGCGGCGCGACGGCGGCCACCCGCGGGGAGUUGCGCCUGGGCGGCGCGCGGGCGUCCCAGUUGGGGCGCAGCCUGCGCCGGGACGAGCGCCACUUCCUGGAAGAGCUGAAGCGGCGCAGCCACAAAAUCACCAUGCUCGAUCGCGAGCUUCAGCGGCAGAAGGGCGCCACGGCCGCCCUGUGCCGCCAGCUCGACGCCGCCCGCGCCCAACUGCGCGACCGGGAAGAGGCGGGGCCGCGAACCCCGGAGGAUGAAGAUGGUCCCCGCGACGAGGAAGGGGGCGCCGAGCGACCGCCGUCGCCGCCCCCCGGCAGGGGCCCGUCGGCGAGACCCGGCGUGAGGGCGGAGCGGGUCCGAGCGUGCGUCCCCCGGGAAAGAGUGACGUCGCCGCGGAGGCCGGGCCCCAUGCCUGACCCCGCCCUCUUCCUGGUGCCGCCGCGGUACCGCCUCCUCCGCUGGAGCCGACCAAUCGGACUGCGAGAAGGCGGGGCCGACGACUGGGAGGACGCGGACGAGGGCGGCGGCCUGCGGGGGCGCGUGGACAUGGGCGGCGCCGAGGGGGAGACGGCCCUGUGAUGGCGUUCGCCGGCCACCGCCGCGUGUUGUGCCGAUCGGUCGAUUGUCAUGUUGGAA